AUGGGUGCACCGAGAACCCGCGCCAGGAAGAGCACGUCUUUUAACAUUGACAGAAUGAAAAUAAGCGAGCUGAGCAAGCGAAUAAUGCACUUGGAGCGUGGAACUGGCUCUAGAAGAGAAGAUAAGGGAGCUUCUGAAGAAGAGAAGUCGGCAAGUGAGGAAAGAAGAACAAGAAAGCCUGUCGAUGAAGAAAAGUCAUCAAGUGAGAGCCGAAGAACAAGAGUAUCAGUCGAUGAAGAGAGGCCGUCAGACGACCAGAUAGCAGUGGCACUACGAGGCCUGGCUAUCAUGAAAAGAAAUCAGAUUCUCGAGCAAAUUGUGAAACCCAUGGAGGCGAAGGUGCUAGCGAACUUUUUCGAAGCAGAAAUUCCGAAGCCUGAUCAAAGGGUUGUAAUGCUUAUUGACAAGGCGUUUGGUUACGGUAUCGAAGUUCUUCUGAUGCGACCAGACCUUUUCGAAGACGUUGUUGAUAAUGAGUUGAGGUUGUUUCUGCUGGACAGCUCUCGGGCAAAACGGAUCUUUCUCGACUGCAUACUUCUUCAUCCUGAAUUCGUGCCAAUAGCUUGGGGAGGAAAUGUUCUCACAAAACGACAACAAGAGCGCCAACUUCAGCGUCAAUUGGAAGCGAAAAGAGCAGCUCAAUCUAGGAAUCGUGUGGAGAAUGAAAAGGUCCGUGAUGCAUCAGCGCCGUCGCCAUCCAAAUCGUUUUUCGAUUUUCUGCGUAACACUUUUGGGGAUGAAUCCAAGGAGCAGCCUAAGUCUUCCCCUCCUGUCAAGUCUGCGGAAAAACCUACGGAGAAAGUUUCGGAAAGAUUAGAUGUCAAGAAAACCAGUAUUAACAAAGCGAAGGAGGAGAGAUCCGCCGUGGAGAAGAAGGAGCCGACAACAAAAAGCAGCCGCGAACCACCCGAGAAGUCGGCAUCAGACUCAGACGUGAGUGUCCCUAGUUUGUAG